AUGGCUGAUGAAAAUCAGUGUCGGAUUACAACGUCAAAUAAUACUACAUGUACCACCAAUCAUGAAAUAUCGAAAGAACAGCAAAUUGCUUAUGGUUCGGCUCCAGUAAUAUACCAACCGUACAGUUUGCCUCAAUCUUAUGUAUGUGUUCAACCUACACCAAAUAGUCAAAUCGUUAAUCAUUAUUCACCAAAUAAUAUGGUAACUCAACAUCAACUUUAUCAGCAACAAGUACCAUCAACUAUUAACGUUUCAUCUGCGUAUGUACAACAAGCGAUGUUACAUUCCAACAUGAAUCCACAACAAGCGUUAGUUUCAUCAUAUCAUCCUCCGGUUAAUACUAAUGUUUUGUUUGCGUCAUCAAUGACUAAUCCUACUGUUUCUUCAACACCAAUGUCUGCUACUACCAAGAGAGGUCGCAACGACAUCAGUGGGGUUUCGGAUUCGAAUGCGCAAGAGCGACCUCAAUACUAUCAGACAACUCGUAUUUUUAAUGCUCGUAAUACACCUAACAAGCGUCACUGUGGAAUCAAUCAGCAGCAAAAGGAAAACUCGUAUCCUUAUCGUUACGAACAAAAUCAUCAAGAACAAUUAAAUUACAAUAUCAUGGAAGGAAGAAACAUCGCAGAAUCAACAUAUGACCAACAACAGCCUUCAAUGGCUGCUUGUCGAUAUGCUACAUCUCGCUUCCCGUUCUCACCUUUUUCGGUAAUCUUCUUGCAUCAAGUUAGGGAAAAAGUCGUCAUCGAUGAUCUAAUGAAACAUGCAAAGGAAAAUUUUCAUUUUGAGUUAAAAACGAUAGCCUAUCGGCGUGGACGUUCAGAAAAUAACGAGUGUCGUAUUUUGGUUUUCGUCGAGAACAGUGAAUCGUUUUCAUUCUUAUAUGAACGUGGCAACUGGCCUACAACAUUAGCUGGACACGAAUUUACAACAAAACGUCCAUCAAUUCCGCCUCAGCUGUCACUUGUAGCAAUCUACGCUCCAGCAAGCAAAUCCUGGGAAUGGGUGAAUUUAUCAUCAUUUAUCACUAAUCGUUGUAUAAUUACAGGUGAUUUCAACAUCGAUAUCGAAAAAGAUGGUGAUAAAGCUGAACGUUUACUCGAAUGGAUGGACACAUGUUCUCUUGGUCCUUUUGUUCCAGAUUCUAAUACAUCUCUUCGUUCGGAUCGUACAAUUGAUUAUGCCUUAGCAGCCGGUAUGAAUCUAUCAAUUCAAACAUCUGAAGAUGACACUUCUAGUGAUCAUAAGCCUCUUCUUAUGGUGCUUGCAUGUGAUACAGUUUUAAAGCGUCAAGGAUCGCAUCAUUUUUUACGAUUAUAA